AUGUUGGUUGGCAACUCUUCUAAAAGGAAAGUUAAGGGUAAGAAGAAGCCCAAGAAGUUUGCUGCACCUAAGGGUGGUGUGACCAAACCCAAAGAUACCGGUAGUCAUUUUAACAUUUGCAAUACGUUGCAGGGACUACAGAUUAACAAAAGAUUGAAGAAAGGAGAAAUUAAUCUUCAAGUUGGGAAUGGUGCAAAAGUUGCAGCUCUAGCUGUAGGAUCAAUUUAUCUUAGGAUGCCUACGGGCCCUCUAAUAUCAACUGUUUGUCAUUGUACCAUUUGUAGACUUGGUCCACCUGACUUCCAUCCCCAGACUCCAAAUUGUCCCGAGGAGACUCUGAAUAGAGAAUAUGUGCAGUUUGGAUACAGGGAAACUGUUGAAGGAAUUGAGGAAGCCAGAGAGAUAUCACUAUCCCAGGUUCAAGCUUUCAAUAAGCCUGUUGUUCUAAAGUGCAAAGAGGCUAUCAGAAAAUGUCUUAGAGCUAUUAACGAGUCUCGUGCACAAAAGCGUAAGGCUGGUCAGGUCUAUGGUGUUCCUCUUUCUGGUUCACUUGUAACUAAACCUGGAGCCUUUCCUGAACAAAAGGCAUGUGGGGAAGACUUUAAGAAGAAGUGGGUUGAGGGUUUAUCACAACAACAUAAGCGGUUGCGAUCUUUGGCUGAUCAUGUUCCCCAUGGAUAUAGGAGGAAAUCAUUAUUUGAAGUUCUUAUCAGGAACAAUGUUCCACUUCUGAGAGCAACUUGGUUUAUAAAAGUAACUUACCUUAAUCAGGUCCGCCCUGGUUCUGCUGCUAUUUCUUCUGGAGUGCCUGACAAGACUCAUUUUUCUCGCACUGAGCUCUGGACUAAAGAUGUUAUUGAUUACUUGCAAUACCUUGUGGAUGAAUUUUCCUCGAGAAGUAUUCCACAUUCUACUCCACACAAUAGAGAUCGAUCACCACAAAUUCCUUAUGCUGGAUCAGUACCACAAAGGAAUCAUCCAACAUCGACAGUUCUUGAUGGCGAGGAGCCUUCCCUACAUUUUAAGUGGUGGUAUGUGGUGCGGCUCCUGCAGUGGCACCAUGCCGGAGGGCUUAUUCUUCCUUCUCUUAUCAUUGAUUGGGUUCUGAACCAAUUACAGGAAAAAGAAAUGCUUGCCAUCUUGCAGUUACUAUUGCCAAUUAUAUAUGGUGUCCUAGAGACCAUUGUUCUUUCUCAGACAUAUGUACGCAGUCUAGUGGGAAUAGCUGUUCGUUUCAUCCGAGAACCUUCUCCUGGUGGAUCUGAUCUAGUUGAUAAUUCACGGAGGGCGUACACAAUUUCUGCACUGGUUGAGAUGCUUCGCUACUUGAUAUUGGCUCUACCAGAUACUUUUGUUGCUUUGGACUGCUUCCCUUUACCACCUUGUGUUGUUUCUUAUGGUGUAAAUGAUGGUAAUUUUGCAUCAAAGGCAUCUGAGGACCAUGGAAAGAUAAGAAAUCAUUCAACAGAAGUUGCUUCUGCAUUUCCUAGUAGAGGAGUUGAUGCCCAGUAUCAGUCCCUGUCCUUUAGUCAUGUUGUCUCAACUAUUCAAAGAAGCGCAGAUAAUCUUGCAAAGGGGGCAAGUGCUGGAUAUCCUCAACAUAGUGUGGCUAAAGCUGUGCAGGCCUUGGAUAAAGCUCUUUUGCAGGGAGACAUCCGAGGGGCUUACAGGCAUCUCUUUGAGGAUCUCUGUGAUAGACCUGUGGAUGGAGCUUGGAUUGCUGAAGUUAGCCCGUGCUUAAGGUCAUCGUUGAAGUGGAUUGGGACUGUGGGCAGGUCAUUAAUUUGCUCUGUAUUUUUCCUUUGCGAGUGGGCGACUUGUGAUUUUAGGGAUUUCCGGACUGCUGCUCCUCAGGGCCUAAAGUUCACAGGUAGAAGAGAUUUCUCACAAGUAUACAUAGCUAUCCAGCUUUUAAAACUUAAGAUUAGAGGUCUUCAAAGUGCAUCAUGGAGAAAGAAUGAGGGCACUCUUGGAGUCACUAGCCUUGGAAGAAAUAUUAGUCAAAUAAGUAAUUUUGUUGGCCGGACUUCUGCUGGAAAUGCAUGUGAACUUAAAAGCUCGACAAAAGGUGUGGAUGGAAGAAAUAUUAAUUCAUCGGAUAUAUUUGAAAGCCCAGGUCCUUUACAUGAUAUCAUAGUUUGUUGGAUUGAUCAACAUGAAGUGCACAAGGGGGAAGGGGCUAAGCGCGCCCAACUACUUAUAUUUGAACUCGUACGGUCAGGACUGUUUUACCCCCAGGCAUAUGUGAGACAGCUGAUAGUUGGUGGGAUUCUGGAUACAAAUGGACCUGUUGUUGAUCUUGAAAGGAGGAGAAGACACUAUAGAAUCUUGAAGCAACUGCCUGGGCAAUUUAUACAUGACACUUUGGAAGAAGCAAGAAUUGCCGAAGGGUCACAACUUUCAGACGCUGUUCAUAUAUACUCAAAUGAACGUCGGAUUGUCCUCAGAGAGCUUCUAGUUGAUCAGCACAAAAAUGCAGAUAAUUUGAAUUUAUCAGCUCCGAAGCAAAAGCAUAAUCCAAUCUCUGGAAUGGAUAAGGCUUCCUCAGCUUCAGUUGAUCAAUGGAAAAUCAUUCAUUCAUCAUCAAAUAAGUUUUCUGCUAAGCAUGUUAAGAGCAGUUCAGAUGUUGAAGAACUAAAGAUUUCUAUCUCAGUUCUGCUGCAGUUUCCAAUGUCAUCUUCUACUUCAACAGACUCAGGACUGGAUGAAUCCCAAGGGAGUGCUAAGAGGCCUGCUGGGUCAGUAUCCAACAAGAUCGAUGUGGUGGAAGCUACACCUGGGUGCGAAGAUUGUAAAAGGGCAAAGAAACAAAAGCUAAGUGAGGAAAAGAGCUCAUGCAUCCAGGGACAUUCGCCAAUUCCUUCUGAUGAUGAAGAUACAUGGUGGGUGAGGAAGGGAACUAAGUCCUUGGAGUCUUUGAAAGUUGAUCCUCCACUGAAAUCAACAAAGCAGGCCUCUCGGGGAAGGCAAAAGACUGUACGGAAAACCCAAAGUCUUGCACAAUUACAAGCUGCUAGAAUUGAAGGUAGUCAAGGGGCAUCUACAAGUCAUAUAUGUGAUAAUAAGGUGAACUGCCCUCACCAUAGGACAGGAAUGGAAGGAGAAACUCUUAAAUCAGUGGAUGGAAUGAAAACAUCUAAUUCUGGAGAUGUUGUCUCCAUAGGGAGGUCUUUAAAGCAUCUGCAUUUUGUAGAGAAAAGGACGAUUACAGUUUGGUUAUUGUCAGUGGUUCGGCAAUUUGUUGAGGAUGCUGAGAAAACUGUGGCAAAGGUUGGUCAGUUCAGCAGGUCUUUCAUUCCUAUAGAUGAUAGGAGCUCUGUCAAGUGGAAACUUGGUGAAGAUGAACUCUCUGCCAUACUCUAUCUAAUGGAUGUUUCUGAUGACCUAGUAUCUGCAGUGAAGUUUCUUCUUUGGUUGUUGCCAAAGUCUCUUAGUGGUCCUAAUUCUACUAUUCAAAGUGGGAGGAACCUCCUAAUGAUGUCUAGGAAUGUGGAAAAUCAUGCUUGUGAAGUGGGGGAAGCAUUUCUUUUAUCAUCACUUAGAAGGUAUGAGAACAUACUUAUUGCAGCCAAUCUUAUUCCUGAAGCUUUGUCAUCCACAAUGAAUCGUGCUGCAGCAAUUAUGGCUUCUAAUGGAAGACUUUCAGCUUCACCAGCAUUAGUUUAUGCCCGGCGUCUAUUGAAGAGAUAUGGCAAUAUAACUAGUGUGAUUGAAUGGGAGAAGAAUUUCAAAGCAGCAUGUGAUAAGAGACUUCUUUCGGAACUUGAACCUGGACGAGCAAUGGAUGCAGAUUUUGGGUUUCCACUUGGGGUUCCAGCAGGAAUUGAAGAUCCUGAUGAUUAUUUACGUCAAAAGAUAAGUGGUGGAAGACUUUCUAGAGUGGGUUUGAGCAUGCGAGAGGUGGUGCAACGACAUGUUGAGGAUGCCUUCCGCUAUUUGUUGGGUAAAGAGAGGAAACUCCUUGCUGCUGGUUCAACAAAAGGUCCUGCCAUUGAAAAAUGGGAUGAUGGAUAUCAGAUAGCUCAGGAUAUUAUAAUGGGAUUAAUGGACUGCUUUAGGCAGACUGGGGGUGCUGCCCAAGAAGGGGAUCCAUCUUUGGUGUCUUCAGCUGUUUCUGCCAUUAUUAAUAAUGUAGGCCCAGCAACUGCAAAGAUGCUGGAUUUUGUGGCGGGAAGUAACUAUUCAAAUCAUCCAUCAGGUGCAAAUUCAUUAAACUUUGGUAGGCGCAUUUUGCGUAUCCAUAUAACCUGCCUUUGCCUACUUAAGGAAGCACUUGGCGAGCGUCAAAGUCGAGUAUUUGAGAUAGCUCUUGCAACAGAAGCUUCCUCUGCUCUUUCUGGAGUCUUUGCUCCUGGAAAGGCUUCCCGAGGCCAAUUUCAAUUGUCUACUGAUUCGUAUGAUUCAAAUCCAAAUUUGUCUAGUGAUAUAAACAAUUCAGCAAAAUUAGCACUUGGGAGAGCAACUAAAGUCGCUGCUGCUGUUUCGGCACUUGUCAUUGGGGUGAUAACUAAUGGUGUUACCACCCUGGAGAGAAUGGUGACAAUCUUAAGAUUAAAGGAAGGUUUAGAUAUCAUUCAGUUCGUAAGGAGUACAAAAUCCAACUCUAAUGGUAAUGCUCGCUCAAUAGGGGCUUUUAAAGUGGAGAUCUCAACUGAAGUUUAUGUGCAUUGGUUUCGACUGCUCAUCGGGAACUGUAGAACUGUUUCUGAGGGACUGGUUGUGGAACUUUUGGGUGAGCCUGCUAUAGUAGCUCUCUCAAGGAUGCAGCGGAUGCUUCCUCUCAACUUGGUCUUUCCACCAGCAUACUCAAUAUUUGGAUUUGUUUUAUGGAGGCGGUUCAUUUUGGACAGUAACCUUGGGACUCGGGAAGACAUCCAUCAGUUGUAUCAGUCUUUAACACUGGCCAUUUGUGAUGCCAUAAAGCACCUACCUUUUCGUGAUGUGUGCAUGAGAGAUACUAGGGGGCUUUAUGAUAUUGUUGCUGCAGAUUCUACUGAUGCUGACUUCGCAAUGAUGCUGGAGCUAAAUGGCUUGGACAUGCACGUGAAAUCGACAGCCUUUGUUCCUCUCCGGGCGCGUCUUUUCCUGAAUGCCUUGAUUGAUUGUAAAAUGCCAUCUUCUAUAUAUACUGCAGAUGAAAGUAAUCGAGUUAGUGGACAUGAAAGUAAUCGAGUUAGUGGACAUGGUGAAGCUAAAAGUCAACAUGCAGAGAGUGAAACGAAGCUUUUUGAUAAGCUCGUACACGUGUUAGAUACGUUGCAGCCUGCAAAAUUUCAUUGGCAGUGGGUUGAGCUCAGGCUUCUUUUAAAUGAACAAGCCCUCAUUGAGAAACUUGAUAAUCAUGAUAUUUCCAUAUUGGAUGCUAUCCGUUCUUCUUCACCCAGCCCCGAAAAAGCUGCUGCUUCUGAGAAUGAGAACAAUUUUGUUGAGAUUGUCCUGACAAGGUUAUUGGUCAGACCUGAUGCUGUUCCUCUUUUUUCAGAGGUGUUUCAUCUUUUCGGCAGGUCACUAGAGGAUUCGGUGUUGAUGCAGGCUAAAUGGUUCCUACAGGGUGAAGAUGUUCUUUUUGGUCGGAAAACAAUCAGACAAAGGCUUGUAAAUAUUGCUGAGAGUAAAAGUCUUCCAACUAAAGCACAAUAUUGGAAGCCUUGGGGCUGGUCCAGUUCUGGCAUUGACUGUGUAGCAAACAGGGGAGAGAAGAAGAAGUUGGAAAUCACUUCUCUUGAAGAAGGCGAAGUGGUCGAAGAGGCCAUGGACUCGAAAAGGUUUGGCAAGGGGUCCUCUCAAACAUUUGAUGUUGAAUGUUCCAAUGUCAGCCAGCAGCUUGUGACUGAGAGGGCUCUCAUUGACUUAAUUCUUCCUUGCAUAGAUCAAAGCUCCGAUGAUUCCCGCAAUACAUUUGCAAAUGACUUAAUCAAGCAGUUGAAUAGCAUUGAGCAGCAAAUAAAUGCAGUUACUCGUGGGGCAACAAAACAGACUGGAGCAGCUCCAUCUGGAAUUGAAGGUCCUGCAAGUAAAGGGAGUAAUCGCAAGGGCAUCAGAGGUAGCAGUCCUGGAUUGGCCAGACGACCAGCAGCAGGAGUACCAGACUCUGGCCCACCAUCCUCUUCAGCUUUGCGAUCCUCUAUGUCAUUGCGAUUGCAAUUUUUACUUAGAUUGCUUCCCGUUAUAUGUGCAGAUGGGGAGCCUUCAGGGCGUAACAUGAGGCACAUGCUUGCCACUGUAAUAAUUCGUCUCCUUGGCAAUCGGGUUGUGUAUGAGGAUGCAAAUCUAUCCUUCUAUCCAGUAUACAACUAUAUGACAAAGAGGGAGGUGGAGUCGCCAAUGGACCCUUCAUCUGCAUCCGCAGAUGUGUAUGGUGAAAGUCUUUUUGAUCGGUUUUUGUUAAUUUUGCAUGGCUUGUUGAGCAGUUGCCAGCCAAGUUGGCUAAAGUCAAAGCAUGCUUCAAAAUCAACCACUGAAUCUUCUAAAGAUUUCUCAGCAUUUGAUCGUGAAGUAGCAGAGAGUUUGCAGAACGAUUUAGAGCGAAUGCAUUUGCCUGACAAGAUUAGAUGGCGAAUCCAAGCUGCCAUGCCGAUACUACUUCCUUCUGUACGGUGUUCUAUCUCUUGCCAGCUGCCAUCUGUUCCACUUGGUGCUCUUGCUUCACUUCAAUCCAAUGUUUCAGCUCCUACGUUUUACACUGGAAAUUCAAAUGCACCCCAAAAAGGUUCAGCUCAUUUAGCAAGAUCUUCUGCUAACAUGCAAGUGAAGUCAAAGCAAGUGCCAUUGCAACAAGAUUCUGAGAUGGAAAUUGACCCAUGGACACUCUUGGAAGAUGCAGCAGGUUCAGGCCCAUCAAGUAAUGCUGCUGUAAUUGGCAGCGCUGACCAUGGUAACCUUCGAGCUUCCAGUUGGUUGAAAGGGGCUGUAAGGGUGAGACGAACAGACCUCACAUAUAUUGGUGCUGUGGAUGAUGACAGCUGAUUUUAGGUUAACCUCCAAUUUUUGAUUUGGCCUACAAUGAGCAAAUCCCUCAACAGGUAAUACUUUAAUGUAUCAUUGUUUCUCAUGAUUGGCGACAAGGAUCAGCCUUGUGCUUAGCUUGCCUUUCUUGACUCUGCUAGGGUGAAGGGCACUUGGUUGAGAGGGACAUUUGUCAUUUUUUCUUAAUAUAUUUUUCUUUUAAUUUUGAGAGAGGGGUUUGGGUGGUGGGGGUGGAAUGAGGGGCAGGGCCAUUGUUGAAGGAAAAUGUAAAGAUGUGUUGCUUAACCCUCCCCAUCUGGACUGUUCACCUCCAUUUUUUGGAGGGUUGUAUAUAUAGGGAUAAUUGUUUCAGUUUAUGAUUGAUCUGAGUAAAAUAUCUCAAGAAUGAUAUGUAGCUGGUUCAGAAUAAGUCUUUUUUGCUCA